GUUUUGACUGUAAGUCGCUCGGGGCUCAUGUUUGGAUUCUCCUCACUGAAAAGCAAAUCAAGUGUGGAAAAGGGCCAAUGCUGCAACAAUUUCAAGGGUCUGGACCUUCUGACCAGGACUAACAGAGCUCAACAGCACCUUCCUCUGGCAAAACGGAGAACAUCUAGUGAUUCUUGGUGGAUUACUCUCUAUCCUCUUCAUGUAACACCUCCAUCUGUUGAAAGGGGUCAAGCUUUUUUGAACAAAUUCUUCACAGCCCCUGCUGCCAAUAGCAUGUUAACGAAAAUGACUUCAUAGCCACUGACUGCAGGCGUAAUAGAAGAAAAGCAACAUAAAGCAUGGAGGCUUUGAGUACUGCAGCGACUUCGCCCUCGACAUCCACAUUCCCCACCUCCCCCACUCCCUCCUCUCCUGGCUACCUGCAGUUCUUCUGGGAGUACCAGGACAUCUCUGUACUUGUGGAACAUUACAACUACACUGGCAAGCUGCAGAAAGACCGCUACCGGGAGGGGCUCAAACCUGAGGGAAUCGCGUUCCUUGUGGUGUGUCUCCUCAUUGUCUUGGAGAAUGCUGUGGUUCUCAUCGCCAUUUGGAGGAACAAGAAGUUCCACCUGCCGAUGUAUUACCUGCUGGGUAACCUGACUCUGUCCGAUCUUUUGGCUGGGAUUACCUACAUGGCUAACAUUAUCAUGUCCGGACGUAAUACUUUGAGCCUAACACCAUUACUAUGGUUUGUCCGGGAAGGAGGGGUGUUCAUCACCCUGGCUGCCUCCAUCAUUAGUCUCCUGGCCAUUGCAAUUGAACGCCAUGUUACUAUGGUGACAAUGAGGCCAUACCAUGGAGCCAAGCGGGGACGAAUGUUGGCAUUGAUUGGUGCAAGUUGGGCCCUCGCAGGCUUUUUGGGGGUCCUACCGAUUCUGGGAUGGAACUGCAUGCACAGACUGGACCAGUGUUCUACAGUGCUGCCCCUUUACGCCAAGAGCUACAUCCUCUGCUGCGUAUCUGUGUUCAGUGCAGUGCUCCUGGCCAUUGUGGUCCUUUAUGUCAGAGUAUUCCGCAUUGUCCGUACCAACACACAGCGCCAGCGGCUGGGCAUAUCAGCCAGCAUACGGAAAGGCUUGGCAAGGAAGUCAGAGAAGUACAUUGCCCUCCUCAAGACAGUCACCAUUGUGUUGGGCGUCUUCAUCGCCUGUUGGCUUCCCCUCUUUCUCCUCCUCCUUAUGGACUUUUUCUGUCCAACUCACAGUUGCCGCCUGCUCUACAAGGCUGACUACUUCCUGGGAGUAGCCAUGGUCAACUCGCUCCUCAACCCCAUCAUCUACACGCUAACCAGCAAGGACAUGAGGCGAGCCAUCUUGAGACUGCUCUGUCGGCCGUGUCUGAUGACCAGAGAUGGCCAAGUGAAGAAGAUCGGGAUGCCGUUCCUGGAGUGCAGCUUCAGUAAGACUGAGGUGGCCUCCCAGAAGUUAGAGGUGGGCCAAGAGACGACCAUGUCCUCUGGAAAUGUCAUCACCUCUCCAUCUCCGAUUAAAGCUCUUUACCCAAAACUUUUCAAAUCAUAAGGACAUAGACUGAUGGUUUGAGUCCAUAAAUGUGUGAAUAGGUUUCCCACUAAAAAGAGGACAUGUCUGUUCCCUAGAGGAAGCAGUUCUUGUUAUUCUCAAUUUUGGAAUGGACCAGAAACAGAUGUGAUGGAGGUAUGAGUGGUGCAGUUACCACAUUCACAUUCUUCAUUGUGAACUGAUCAGACAACAGAAGGCCAUGAAAAUGCAUUUCUGUAAAUACAAGGCUCUCGUUACCGAAAAAGUAUGAACAUUUCACCAAGACCUUCUGGGUCAAUGGUGAACAAGUGGGAUUGCCUCUGCUUUUUUCCCCACAUCAAAGUGCCUUAAAUGCAUCACAGACUAUGUGGUGUGCUGAGCUGCAGUACCUCUACAUGUCAGGAAAGCCAAGUUAAGAUUGUCAGAUAACAGGAAAGACAUACAGCGAUACUCUCACAAAGACGGCUCGGUUGAAAGAAUGUUUGGGGAGGGAGCGGGGCUCAAAAUUUAAAUCCCCCCCCCCCCCCCUGUGGUGGUUAGCCUCUGCUGGGGAUGAUUUUUGAAAGGUCAGUGAGUCAGGAAAAAAGUCUACAGUAGAUAAAAGAACUAAAGGUCAUUAUAGCCUGUAGUGUGAUUGACUGACAGAUAUAUCAGUUACAUUACAUUACACAUUACACUGACUCUGACUGAAACCAAAUAAUCUGCAAUCAACUGUAAAAUCAUUUUAAACUGCAGCUAUAUUAAAUAAUAAAGGUGUUAAGCAUCAUUAUCAAGCUGCAUCAAGAGCACAUUUAAGCCAAAUAACAAAUCAGGGCAGAUAACUUUCAAUCACAAUUUUCAUGUUCACCAAAUAUUUCCACUUGUAGUUUAAGUUACAGAAUGUUUCUUUUUAUGAAAUGACUUUGACAUCAGUCUUUUUGUUACAGAUAUUUUUUUCUUGGUCUUUCCAGACCUCAACUGAUGAAUGAUCAUUUGCUUUUUUGUACAGUAAUUCAUGUAGUGACGUUUUUGUAUUGAUGACAUUUUUUCUAUCAUCUAUGUUGUAAAUUAUAUCUAUUUUGUAACAAGAAGGC